AUGCGACCAGGUCUAUCAGUUACCCAGAUUGUAGGCGCAAGCCUAGUCGCAAAUCAAUUCGCGAGCGCACUAUCACCGCGCACGGAAAUCGGGGAUUCUUAUGACUUUGUGAUUGUCGGGGGUGGUCAAGCUGGACUCGUGUUGGGCGCUCGUCUUUCAGAAGAUAAAAAUCAUACUGUACUCGUUCUUGAGUCGGGCGGGGAUGGAGAUGAGUUUAGGAAGCGCAUAGAUACACCGGCAUAUUCUUAUUUCGAUUCAUUAUGGACAACACCGUUGAAUUGGGAUUUUUACACUGUUGCUCAGCCUAAUGCAAACAACCGUGAGAUUGAUUGGCCUCGUGGCAAGGUCCUUGGAGGAAGUUCUGCCAUCAAUGGCUUGUACAUGACCCGUCCCGGCGAGGACGAAAUUAAUGCCUGGAAAGACAUGCUCGGAGAUAUGGAUGGUGCCGAUAACUGGUCGUGGGAGUCGUUCUAUGCUUCUUUGAAGAAAAGUGAGACUUUCACUCCUCCAACUGAUGGCGUAGUUGAUGAGGCUAGGAUCACUUGGGAUGCAUCAAACCAUGGCACUAACGGGCCGAUCCAUACAACAUACCCGGACUACACAUUCCCCGAAGUUGGUGACUGGUUAACGUCAUUAGAGACACUUGGAAUUGAGAUUUCUGAUGAUAUGUACGGGGGUGAAACCUGGGGCGCUGACGUUUCGACUUCCUGUAUCAACCCUUCAAAUUGGACGCGGUCCUACAGUCGUUCCGGGUAUCUCGACCCGCUUCCAGAGCGUGACAACUACGAUGUAUUGGCCAAUGCGCAUGUGACUCGACUGCUUUUCGAAGAUUCUACAUCUUCGGAUAAGAAAACAGCGAGUGCUGUUGAAUACACAACCGAUAAGGGAUCAACGAAACUGAAGGUCAAGGUUAACAAGGAAGUGAUCCUCGCAAGUGGCACUAUCGGCAGCCCGGCUGUAUUGCUCUACAGCGGUGUCGGCCCCAAGGAUGUCCUCUCGGAGGCUGGUGUUGACCUUGUAUCUGAGCUUCCUGGUGUCGGCCAACAUCUUCAAGAUCAUUUUAGUGCCACAGUGAAAUGGAGCGCAAAUGUGGACACCGCAGGGUCUAUCUUUUACGAUGGUGGCAAAGACAAGAAUGAUCCCAAAUUCCUCACAUACAUCGAUUCCGCCAUUGCCUACGUGAAUUCCACGGCUAUCUACGGCAGUCAAGUUGCUAAGUACCAGUCGAAACUCCUCGACUCAAUCGACCAGUAUGCACCAAACACGACAUACGACGAUGGCGUAAUCGCCGGCUACAAAGCAAUUUGCAACACGACAGCAUCAAAGAUCUUCAACACCCCGACAGGUCAAGUGGAGCUUCUAUUUAUGAACAGCGAUGCAAAUGGCGACAUCGGCAUCACAGCGGCCAUCCAACAUCCAUUCAGUCACGGCCGUAUCUACAUCAACUCCUCCAACCCAAUGGACUACCCUGUCAUUGACCCGAACUAUCUGGCCAACCCAGCCGAUGCCGAGCUCCUCCUCGAAGGUAUCAAACUCGCCCGCAAGAUAGGCGAAACCAAGCCAAUGAGCAAAAGCCUCACAAACGAAACCUCCCCGGGUCUGACCGUCCAGAGCGACGAAGAAUGGGUGGAAUGGCUACGCAAGUCAGCGGGCACUGAGUUCCACCCAUCCUCAUCGUGCGCAAUGCUGCCCGAGAAGCAGGGCGGCGUUGUCGACGCCAAUCUACUGGUAUACGGCCUUACCAAUGUGCGAGUUGCGGAUGCCAGUAUCAUUCCCAUCUCCUUGUCCACCCACUUGAUGUCCUCGACAUAUGGCGUUGCAGAACAAGCGAGCGAUAUUAUUCGCGCAUACCACAACUUGCCAGCGGAGCCCGUGCCGGCGUUCAGUGGGUCAGGUUCGUCCAAUUCCACGCCUUCCAGCAGCGCAGUUGCCACGAAGAAGAGUGGUAGUGCGAACAGCAAUGGUGGUGCCGCUGUUGGCACUGCUUUGUCCCUUGCGUGGACUUCUGUUGUUCUUGUUUCAGUACAUGCUAUUGUUGGUUAUGGUGUGUUUGUAUAG